AUGCCUUCAUUGUCGUUUCUGCUCUGUUGCCUUUGCGCCUUCUCCGGAACCAUUGUGUCGGCGAAGCAGGCCAAAGAAGACUUGACUACGCUCCCCAGGGCUCUUGAGUUGGACCUGGUCUUUCCGAGAAAUGACACCUACAAACCCGUCUUCCCCUUUCCCAUCGUGGUGGCCGUCCGUGGCGCCCCAGCGAUGAUGGAUUUUGGGCUCGAUCUCUUAUUGACCAUGGGACCUGACAUACUAGGACAACUCAACAGCGUGGGACAAAUGACAGACGUGCCUAUCGCGUCACUCACAAAGAAGGACACUUACUACGUCAUCUCAGCAACUACGCGCCUCAUCAACUCAACCUCUCCACAUUGGCGGCUGGACUGGAUGUUCGUCCUUAAUCCCAACUGCACUGCAGCGCUGAAUAGCACGGCGCCGGAUAGCCCGCCAGCCUCCAUCAAGUACACCGAUAUCCGGGGCUCGCUUCACUUCACAGUAAGCAGCGAAGGCAAGCUUCCCGACAUCAUCCCUUCAGACGACUCUUGCCCGCUCCCGAUCGUGGCAUACAACGUGACAGGUCACGAGACCUAUUACCCGAGCUACAACCAGCCCGACACAUGCUUAAACCUCGUCGAUAAAGGUCCAGAUCCGUGUGCUGUCAAGGCAGUGUCUUCCCUUGCGUCAGAGGUCGCAUCAAAAAUGGAGUUCCUGCUCUGUGAUCCUGGUUCCGGGCGCUGUAGCACUGUGGGCUAUCAUGAUGGCGCACGCUCUAGAAAGGAAAAUGGGGGAGGAGGGAAGGAAAGGGGCUGGUGGGUGUCGGAGGAGAAGCACAAGACACCAGACCAAUUUUCAUUUCCGGCCGAGAUCUUUCCAAACAUGGCAUUCACGUACUUUCUUGUUGGCACCUAG